AUGCCCAACUUCCGCCUGCCCAGAAGCUGCUACGACCCGAAAGAAGCGACUCAACGACCGACUCCGACGUGCACGACAGCCACAUCGCCGUUUCCGUGGCAUGUCACGAGACGAGUUAUGAUACCAAAAAACCGCUUCUCGCCUCCAUUAGACGUCCGAGGCCGCGCCAGACUGGCCCCAUGUUCAUCCAACCCUUUUAACUCGACCUGUACCCACAAGCAUACAGACAUGCAAACACACAAACGUCCAACCUUCGGUGGUCGUGCCAGGCCUGAUGUAUUGCCCAAUAGACCUGGGAUCAUUUGUCACGACAACACGAAGGAGAGGCCCAAAUCCGGCUCAUUAGGCGACCAAGUGGCAGACCCUCGAGGGGCCGUCAUACCAGCCGACCGCCUCAGAGACACUCACGCAUACAUGCUACUUCAUGAAUUGGGCAAACAGUAG